AUGGCCGGGGAAGCAAGGCGCGGGCCGGCACCUCGAAGGGCUGCGGUCCCCCAGGCUGGGAUGCUGCUGCUGCUGCUGCUGCUGUGGCUGUGUUUGGGUUGUGUCCCGAUCGCGCGCACCUACAACGUGGACACCGAGAACGCGCUGCUCUACCAGGGGCCCCCGGACACCCUCUUCGGCUACUCGGUGGCGCUGCACAGCCACGGGGCGCACCGCUGGCUCCUCGUGGGCGCGCCCAGGGCCACUUGGCCCUCCAAUGCUUCCGUGGACCAUCCCGGGGCGAUUUACAAAUGCAGGAUAGGAAGGAAUCCGGGCCAGACCUGUGAGCAGCUUCAACUGGGUAGCCCUCAAGGAGAACCUUGUGGAAAGACAUGUUUGGAAGAAAGAGACAAUCAGUGGUUGGGAGUUUCGCUUUCCAGACAGCCAGGAGAAAAUGGAUCCAUUGUGGCUUGUGGACAUAGAUGGAAAAAUAUAUUUUAUAUAAAAACUGAAAAUAAGCUUCCCAGCGGUAUUUGCUAUGCAAUACCUUCUGACUUACGAGCAGAACUGAGUAAAAGAAUAGCUCCGUGUUAUCAAGAUUAUGCAAAAAAAUUUGGAGAAAAUUAUGCCUCAUGUCAAGCUGGAAUAUCUAGUUUUUACACAAAGGAUUCAAUUGUGAUGGGAGCUCCGGGAUCAGCUUAUUGGACUGGCUCUCUUUUUGUCUACAAUAUAAUUACAAAUAAAUUCAUGGCAUUUUUAGACAGAAGAAAUCAAGUAAAAUUUGGCAGCUAUCUAGGAUACUCAGUGGCAGCUGGUCACUUUCGAAGUCGGCACACAACUGAAGUAGUUGGAGGAGCCCCCCAACAUGAACAAAUUGGCAAAGCAUACAUAUUCAGCAUUGAUGCAAAAGAACUGAAUAUCAUACAUGAAAUGAAAGGUAAAAAGCUCGGCUCUUACUUUGGAGCUGCUGUCUGUGCAGUGGACCUCAAUGCAGAUGGCUUUUCGGACCUCCUUGUUGGAGCCCCCAUGCAGAGCGUCGUAAGAGAGGAAGGAAGAGUCUAUGUGUAUAUCAACUCUCGCUCGGGAGCGGUAAUGAAUGAAAUGGAAAUAGAGCUCGUUGGCAGUGACAAAUAUGCUGCAAGAUUUGGGGAAUCUAUUGCUAAUCUUGGUGACAUUGAUAAUGAUGGCUUUGAAGAUGUUGCUAUUGGAGCACCACAAGAAGAUGACUUGCGGGGUGCUGUUUACAUUUACAAUGGCCGAGAAGAUGGGAUCUCAUCUACCUUCUCACAGAGAAUUGAAAGCAUUCAGAUCAGCAACUCUCUAAGUAUGUUUGGACAAUCUAUAUCUGGACAAAUUGAUGCAGAUAACAAUGGAUAUGUAGAUAUAGCAGUUGGUGCUUUCCGAUCUAAUUCUGCUAUUUUGCUAAGGACAAGGCCUGUGGUGAUUGUUGAAGCUUCUUUAAACCAUCCCGAGUCAAUAAACAGAACCAAUUUUGACUGUGUUGAAAAUGGAUUACCAUCUGUAUGCAUGGAUCUAAAUCUAUGUUUCUCAUAUAAGGGCAAAGAGGUGCCAGGUUAUAUAGUUUUAUUCUAUAAUAUGAGUCUGGAUAUGAACCGAAAGGCGGAGACCCCAGCCAGGUUUUACUUUUCCUCCAAUGGAACUUCUGAUGUGAUAACAGGAAGCAUAAAAGUAUCAAGCAAAAGAGCUAACUGUCAAACCCAUCAAGCAUUUAUGCGGAAAGAUGUGCGGGACAUCCUUACCCCAAUUCAGAUAGAAGCUGCCUACCACCUCGGGCAUCAUGUCCUCAGUAAACAGAGCACAGACGAAUUCCCACCACUGCAGCCAAUUCUGCAGCAGACAAAAGCAAAAGACAAGAUUGAAAAAACAAUACACUUUGCAAGAUUUUGUGCCAACGAAAAUUGUUCUGCUGAUUUGCAGGUUACUGCAAAAAUCGGAUUUUUGAAGCCACAUGAAAAUAAAACCUACCUUGCUGUUGGAAGUAUGAAGACUUUAAUGUUGAAUGUGUCCUUGUUUAAUGCUGGAGAUGAUGCCUAUGAAACAACUCUCCAUAUCCAACUACCCUCAGGUCUUUAUUUCAUAAAGAUUUUAGACCUGGAAGAGAAGCAAAUUAACUGUGAAGUAACAGACAACUCUGGCAUAGGAAAACUUGUCUGCACUGUUGGUUAUAUCUAUGUGGAUCAUCUCUCAAAAACAGAUAUUAGCUUUCUCCUGGAUGCAAGCUCGCUCAGCAGAGCAGAAGAAGACCUCAACAUCACUAUGCAUGCUUCCUGUGAAAAUGAAGGAGACGUAGACAGUCUCAAGGACAACAAAGCCUCGAUAACGUUACCACUGAAGUAUGAGGUGAUGCUCGGUGUACAUGGGUUUGUAAACCCAACUUCAUUUGUGUAUGGAUCAAAGGAAGAUGAAACUGAAACAUGCAUGGAGGAAAAAGUAAACUUCACUUUCCAUGUCAUCAACACUGGUCUUGGCAUGGUUCCAAAUGUUAGUGUUGAAAUCAUGAUACCAAAUUCUUUUAUGCCCCAAAAUUAUGUAUUGUUCAACAUUUUGGAUGUCCAGAGUACUACUGGAGAAUGCCUUUAUAAGAACUAUGAAAGAACCUGUGAAUUAGAGCAGCAAAAAGGUGGAAUGCAAAUCCUGAAAGACAUGUACCUAUUCUUCUCAAAGACUGAUAAAAUGCUCUUUCACUGCAUGAAAGUUGAUCCAUUUUGUUUAAAUAUCUUAUGCAAUUUUGGGACAAUGGAAAGUGGAAAAGAAGCCAGUGUUCAAAUUCAGUUGGAAGGCCGGCCGUCUCUUUUAGAAAUAGAUGAAAGUUCAACACUCAAGUUUGAAAUCAGAGCGACAGCUUUUCCAGAGCCAAAUCCAAAAGUCAUUGAAUUGAACAAGGAUGAAAAUGUAGCACUUGUUCUUCUGGAAGGAGUACAUCAUCAAAGACCCAAAAGAAAUUUCACUAUCAUGAUUGUCUCAAUUAGCCUGCUGUUUGGACUUAUUUUACUCUUCCUUAUUUCAGGUGCCAUGUGGAAGGUUGGCUUCUUUAAAAGACAGUAUAAAUCUAUCUUACAAGAAGAAAACAAAAGAGACAGUUGGAGUUAUGUGAACAGUAAAAUCAAUGAUGAUGAAGAACAUUAA